AUGGUCAGAACCCUUCAGAUGACCAAAUUCCACGUCGGUUUCAAACUUGACUUCGAAACAUUGGCCUUCUCCUUCGCCGGCGUCGUUGAUCCCAUCGACCAGUACAAAGCCGGUGUCACGAAGGACAUUGAAGAUGCAGUGGCGACUGUUGACACGAGCAACAUCAACUACUUGAUCGCCUGCGCCGAAACUAUUGAGGCUCUUCCCAAAAUGGGCAGCCUCAACUAUGUCAAAAGUCUCUACGACAACUUGAGACCAUAA